AUGAGCGGCGAAAACAAGGCUUUCUUCUAUGGGACUUUGAUGGCCCCUGAGGUCUUUUUCAGCGUUUGCUAUGGUGACAAGCAGCCGCCAAAAGCAAUCCAAGACCUUCACACAUUCACUCCCGCCAUUCUAGAUGGUUACUGCCGCCACAGAGUCCAAUAUGCAGACUAUCCCGCCAUAGUUGCGGAGGAAGGCCACAGCGUGCGAGGCAUGUACGCGACUGGGUUAACAGAGGCUAACAUGCAAAAACUGGACAUCUUCGAGGGAAAUGAGUAUAAGCGGAUCAACACCAAGGUUAGGCUGCUGAAGAUGGAGGGAGAAAAGGAAGUCGAUGGCGAGGUGAAAGAGGCGUCCGUUUACGUCUUUCUCAACCCCAAUGACCUGGAGAAGCGCGAAUGGGACUAUGAAGAGUUCCGCCAACAGAAAAUGAAGCUCUGGACACGAGGUGACUGGGCAUUCUCAGAGGGUAACGCCUAA